AUGAAGGCAACUCGUCUACUUGGAAUUAUAUUCAAUAAAGCAACUGAUAAUUUUCCUGUUUCGCCUACACUUACCGAUAUACUUAUAUCACUUACUGAGGCACUUCGUGCAAAUAGCAAAGAAACUAAAUUUAAAUUGUAUUUGGUACAAGCCAUCGGCGAAAUUAUGAUAUUUAUUGCUGGACGAACAUCCGAUAAUUCUCUUGUACCUGGUUUUACAUAUCAAUUAAUCAAUCGAUGUCUUAAAGAUGGUGAUGAUACCGCACUUAAUCAUGCUGCAUGUAAAAUAAUUGAAAAUCUUCUACUUGUUGCUGAUAAACAAGCAGAUAAAUUAGCUACAUCGGAUGUAGCUCUUGCACUUUGGAAUAUUGCUAGUACAGUUGGUAAUAAUGAACAUAUACGUGCUUCGGCUUUAGCUGUAAAUUAG